AUGGGUUCCCACGCAAAGGUCUCGGCAUUGACGGAUCAGAUCAGUAUGGAGAAGAAAAGCCGGCAAAGCCUUGAAAACGAAUAUACCCAAAUACGAGCAAUGGUGAAUGCCGAUUUCAUAUCAUGGCUCGUCGGACUGAAGCAGAACCUCGGUCAAAAUCUGGAGGCCGUGCCAGCAGAUCGUCCCGCCAUACUCCAAAGACUUUUAUAUGCUAUAAGAGCAGUGGUUACCAGGGGUGCGGUGGGCGUAUUGGAAUUCUUGAUAAGCAACUAUCAAGCAAUCGACACCAAACAUCAACAACGAAGAGUGGUCAUUGACGGUCUCUGCGAGGACAUUAAAGACAGCAAGUUGCGGCUGCAAAGCCUCCAUCUCGAGGUAACGGAUAUUGUUCAUCGAAAUCGGCUUGCCACUAGCCAGGCCCUUCGGGUGAUCGACAAGCGAAUCAUGGAGGUCGAGCAGGCUCAAAAAACAUGCGCAGAUGUUAUGUUCAAGCAUCAACAGGCCAUGUUUAGGCAGCAGGAAGAGCUCAUAUUUAAACAACAGCAAGAGGCUAAACUCAAGCACAAGCAAGAAGAGGCGAUGCUUAAGCGACACGAAGCAGCUAUCUAUACAUGCCUUAUCGAAGCCGAGCGAUCAUCUCUACGCUCAAUUAGCCAGAAGUACGAUAACCUGGCUCUCAAACUUAGAGAACUUGCAGCCGAUCGCGAGGUCUUUGCGUUCUGGUCCUCUGCUUUAACAAAACGUAACAAGCGCACUAGUUCCUCAGCCAAAUCCAGGGGGAAAUCAACGGCCAACUUCCCCGAAUAUGUCCUCGAAAAGUCAAUAUCACAUCUCAAUAGCUUACUUGCACAGAUCCUUACGGCACUGUACGACGACACACGCCACACAAACGCCAUCGCAACUGGAAUGCUGAGUUCGCUGUUCGACUCUGAAUCUAUUGGCACCAUGGAACACGAAUCUUGUUCGCCUGGGCCUGUCCUCGAUCAGAGCCUUGGUAUCCACCAGUCGCUAGCCUAUGGGAAGCGAUCAGGUGGCGAGCGCAAGCGUCUCGACCUAGCGCUCUUCUUCGCACUGCUACAUCUGGGUUGGGCAGAGAGCGCGCAUCGGGCACAUUACCUGCUCAUCGAUGAGGUGUUUGACAGUCUAGACGAGGCGGGUCAAGAGGCAGUUGUCAGGUGGUGCAUGACAAUGCUACAGUCGAUGGUCAGUUGGAUUGUGAUGGUCACUCAUAGCCGAUUCUUGGCUGAGCGAGAUCCGGAAAGGGAUGCGGGUAAGGUCAUGGUCAUGCGGGUAAAGAUAGGGAGCCAAGGUACGGAGCUUGUUAAAGAUAGAUAG